AUGGCUUCUCAAUUGCUGACGGGUGAUCUGGUAUUGUGCAAAGUUGGCUCGUUCGCUCCCUGGCCAGCAGUGGUGUUUCCACAGCGGUUUUUGAGAAAAGAUGUCUACCGUAGAAGGCGGCCGGAGCGUGUGGCGGUGUGCUUCUUUAACGAUGAAACGUACUACUGGGAUAAGCCCAGUCGACUGCGCCCGCUCACGAAAGAAUUGGUGGAUGAGUUCCUGAAACAGGCGCGAACCAGCAAGGCAGAAGAUCCAGUGCUGGUAAAAGCGUACCAGGAGGCCAGCAAUUUCAAGUCCUUGCAUGAGUUUUUGCUGCAGCGGCUAGAGGAGGAAAAACGCAUACAGGACUGGUAUGACAAUGCAGACAAAGACACCAAGAUUGCAGCGGGCCAGGAUCCGUUCGAGGGUAAAUCUGGGGCUCCCAGAAGUAGUAGCAAAAACACGAGUCAGCACGAACGAGCAACGUCUUCUCCGUCAUCGCGGUCCAGGUCUCGAGCCGGUGCAGCAUCGGGCCCCGCGUCCGGGCCCGCCUCUGUUUCGGCCUCUUCUUCUGCUUCAACUUCUGUUUCUGCUUCUGCUCCUGCUUCUGAUUCCACGUCUGCAUCUGCUUCAGGUUCCCGAUCCGGUUCUGGUACUGCAGCGGUCGUUUCAGGUCGCAAACUUGCGCGACUGGACCAUGCCAAAAGAACUGAGAUCUCGCUGCUUUUACGUCGUAAGUUGCAAACCAAUCUGGUACAACGAAGUACCCCCCCCGGACCCGAAGAGUUGAAAGAAUCUCGAAAGCUACUUGCCAAAAUAGCCGAGAACAUGGCGUCAACACCGCAGUUUUUCGACCUGGACGCCCUCAGACAGAGCAAACUGCACAAAUUACUAAAAGUGAUUGCCAACGACGAUAACCUGAAGGAGUUCCACGGCCAGUGCACCGAGAUUCUGGACGCGUGGAAGGACGCCAUUUCACAGUUGAGAAAGGAGAAACUGAAACUACAAGAGACAUGA